GGCGAGAUGACGACGAACCUGGAGGUAAUAUUGCGUUGGCACGACCCCUUCCUGACAUGGGACCCCGCCCUGUACAACUACACCUACGUGCUGCGUGUGCCUCACCACAAGAUAUGGGAGCCUGAUAUUAUUCUCUACAACUCCGCUGCACGGGACUACUCGAGCUCAAUCAUCUCGACGAACGCAAUCAUCGACAGCAGCGGCGAGGUGAAGUUGCUGCUGCAGGCCAUCUUCGUCUCGACGUGCUGGAUCAACAUCGCCUGGUAUCCUUUCGACCAGCAGAUCUGCGACCUCAUGUUCGGCUCGCGUACCUCCGACGUCAUGCAGAUACGCAUCACAAAAGGUGACGCUCAGAUUUCCCGCUACGAACACAACCACGAAUUUGUCCUGGAAAACUUCUACGCUGACAUGGGGGAGAUAAUGGAUCCUUGCUGCGAUAGCCCCUUCGCGCUUGUGUCGUACCACGUGCAGCUGCAGCGGCGCUACAAAUUUCCCGUCUUCUUCUUCAUCAUGCCGGGCAUCCUGAUCAACAUCUGCGCCGUACUUGUGUUCUCGCUUCCUGCCGAGUCGGGAGAAAAAGUUGGUUUGGGCAUCAACUCCUUACUGGCAAUGAUGGUCUUCCUCAUGGCCAUGAUAAACAACCUGCCACCUGCAGAGUCCAUUCCUCUUGCUGGCAUGUACUACGGUGUGUGUCUGGCGGUGAUCACGACGAACAUCGCUCUGUCCGUGGGCGUAAUGAACCUCUCACAUGGCGGCGAACGUGGCUACAAGCUGCCCUGGGCCCUCAAGAUUAUGACGAAAGCGAUGUCUCGAUGGCUGCGCGUGUCCGUGCAUCCAAUUGUGCAGCGGCACUGGCAGAGGCAGGAAGAACAGGAACAAGAUGGUGUCUUAUUCGAAUCCCCGACUGUGUUCGAACGCUCGGAAAGAGCCUGGCGAUCGCUUAAAGUCCGUCCGAAAACUCCUGAAAAUGCGGACAACAACCCGUGGGUGCCGGUCAAACGAGGUGAAGGUCUCCCUGAAGCAUCGCCCAUACCUUCAGCAGAAGAACGUGACGUGUUCGUCGAGGAGUGGAAACUGGCGUCGCGAGUGAUGGACCGUUUCUUGUUCAUUUUGUUCUCUGUUAUCACUGUUCUCUUCAACUCGAUCAUGCUCACUAGCUCCCCUUAUGGGAUUGACAUGAACGCGUGCAAUGAAGACGAGGGCUCUUGUCAUGUAGACUAAGCUGGAUUUCUUAGUCUAUAAUAAGGUUGUUGCACGUAUUGUUUGUAUUGGUACGUAGUGAAGACAAAACCGCAUUAUUUGAAACACAAAACCGUUAAAUCAAGUUGUAGAUUAUAAAA